UACAUUUCGUCUUUACAUUAGCCACAUAAAAUUCUACGGUAAGAAAAAGCACGGCGAUUUAUAUGCACGUCGUUUCUGUUUCAGAUCGGUGGAUCAUCAUGCUUACCUUCCAAUUCACUUACAUGAUCGUUCUCCUGGCCGCGGUCUUCCUGAUCGACAAGUGUCACGCGCAUUCCGCGAUCGCACAGCGGCACGAGCCGAGACCGCUGUGCGUGGGCUGUGGCGACAAAUGCGAGCAAUGCGAGUUCGGUUACACAACGUCGACUCUCUGCGGUAUCUCGGAAUGCCGAAGGGGCCCCGGACAAAUUUGUGGUGGUCCAAGUGAUUCUUGGGGAGUCUGCGGCGACGGAUUGAUCUGCAGUUGCAAUCGUUGUACCGGCUGCAGCGUGGACAACCUCACGUGCUUCGCGAACACUUGUUUGCCCCAUCAGAGCCUGGAGACGCGGAGCUAUCCCGAUAUCUUCGACAACUUCCCCAACCGAUUCGCCAAGUAAACGGAAAUCUAAACCAACCCCCGGAUGGACGAAAAGAACGACGAAUGGAUGAGACAACGAAUGUGAGAGGAGCGAAUGUAAAAUGAGAAAGAUGGAGAGAAACGCGGAUAUAUAUUAGUGAUUUUCCGAAUUAUUUAUUACAUUUCACGAUAUAAUCCCAUUAGGUAUCUUCGAUUGUGAUAGAUAGCUCGUCGGAGCCUCGUCUCUACCCUGGUAGCAAGUUGACACUAUUUGACGUCAAAAUGACGACAAAAUGACGUAGCUUGCUCCCAAGAUACCCACCCUCAUCCCCAUUUCCCGCUCCCGCGAGACGACGGUGCCCUUGUUCGUGUAUAAUGGCAUUUCUGUGAUUUUUUAAUUACGUUAUCCCGUCUUUAUACACGCAUGUCUCAAUGAAACUCGCGCCCGUGUCCGCGUGCUUAUUAUAGCGAGCGCGCGCUCGUACCGGCUAGAUUGAUCUCGU